AUGGAGGAAGAGCUGAAGUGUCCCGUGUGUGGCUCUCUGUUUCGGGAGCCUAUCAUCCUGCCCUGUUCCCACAAUGUCUGCCUGCCUUGCGCUCGCACCAUCGCGGUGCAGACCCCGGACGGCGAGCAGCACCUACCCCAGCCGCUCCUGCUUUCCCGGGGCUCGGGGCUGCCCGCGGGCGCCGCCGCUGCUCCCUCUCUGGAGCACGACGCGGUGGCGGGCCCGGCCUGCAGCGGUGCGGGCGGGAGUGCAGCUGGCGGCCUCGGCGGCGGUGCGGGAGGUGGUGGAGACCACGCGGACAAGCUGAGCUUGUACAGCGAGACAGACAGCGGCUAUGGGUCCUACACCCCGAGCCUCAAGUCCCCCAACGGAGUUCGCGUGCUGCCCAUGGUGCCCGCACCACCCGGCUCCUCCGCCGCCGCGGCUCGGGGUGCCGCCUGCUCCUCGCUGUCCUUGUCUUCGAGCUCCAUCACGUGCCCGCAGUGCCACCGCAGUGCCUCCCUGGACCACCGCGGCCUGCGUGGCUUCCAGCGAAACCGGCUGCUCGAGGCCAUCGUGCAGCGGUACCAGCAGGGCCGCGGGGCCGUGCCGGGGGCGUCUGCAGCCGCGGCGGUGGCCAUCUGCCAGCUGUGCGACCGCACCCCGCCAGAGCCAGCAGCCACGCUCUGCGAGCAGUGCGACGUCCUUUACUGCGCUGCCUGCCAGCUCAAGUGCCAUCCAUCCCGGGGACCCUUCGCCAAGCAUCGCCUGGUGCAGCCGCCGCCACCUCCGGCGCCCGCCGAGGCAGCCUCCGGGCCCACUGGCACCGCCCAGGGCGCCCCCAGCGGAGGCGGCAGCUGCAAGAGCCCUGGAGGCACAGGGGCUGGGGCGACUGGGGGCAGCACGGCCCGCAAGUUCCCCACGUGUCCCGAGCAUGAAAUGGAGAACUACAGCAUGUACUGCGUGAGCUGUCGAACCCCAGUGUGCUAUCUGUGCCUGGAGGAGGGCCGGCAUGCCAAGCACGAGGUGAAGCCGCUGGGGGCCAUGUGGAAGCAGCACAAGGCACAACUAUCUCAGGCCUUAAAUGGAGUUUCAGAUAAGGCAAAGGAAGCAAAGGAGUUUCUGGUUCAGCUGAAGAACAUACUGCAGCAGAUCCAGGAAAACGGACUGGACUACGAAGCCUGCCUGGUUGCUCAGUGUGAUGCCCUUGUGGAUGCUUUAACGCGUCAGAAAGCCAAGCUGCUCACCAAGGUGACAAAGGAGAGGGAACACAAGUUGAAGAUGGUUUGGGACCAGAUCAAUCACUGCACACUGAAGCUGCGUCAGUCCACCGGACUGAUGGAGUACUGCCUGGAGGUGAUCAAGGAGAACGACCCCUCGGGGUUCUUACAGAUCUCAGAUGCUCUGAUCAAACGCGUCCAGGUGUCUCAGGAGCAGUGGGUCAAAGGCGCCCUGGAGCCAAAAGUGUCUGCGGAGUUUGAUCUGACCUUGGACAGCGAGCCGCUGCUGCAGGCCAUCCACCAGCUGGACUUCAUUCAGAUGAAAUGUAGGGUGCCACCCGUCCCCCUACUGCAGCUGGAGAAAUGCUGCACCCGCAACAACAGUGUCACGCUGGCCUGGAGGAUGCCACCCUUCACCCACAGCCCCGUGGACGGCUACAUCCUGGAGCUGGACGACGGCGCCGGGGGGCAGUUCCGGGAAGUGUACGUCGGUAAGGAGACUUUGUGUACCAUCGACGGUCUUCACUUCAACAGCACCUACAACGCCCGAGUCAAAGCUUUCAACUCUUCUGGUGUCGGGCCUUACAGUAAAACUGUCGUCCUGCAGACGUCCGAUGUGGCCUGGUUCACAUUUGACCCCAACUCUGGGCAUCGGGACAUCAUUUUAUCCAACGACAACCAGACAGCCACCUGCAGCAGCUAUGAUGACCGGGUGGUGCUGGGCACAGCUGCCUUCUCCAAGGGCGUGCACUACUGGGAGCUACACGUGGACCGGUACGACAACCACCCAGACCCCGCCUUCGGGGUGGCCAGGGCCAGCGUGGUCAAGGACAUGAUGCUGGGCAAGGAUGACAAGGCCUGGGCCAUGUAUGUGGACAACAACCGCAGCUGGUUCAUGCACUGCAACUCCCACACCAACAGGACGGAAGGCGGCGUGUGCAAGGGGGCCACCGUGGGCGUGCUGCUGGACCUGAAUAAGCACACCCUCACUUUCUUCAUCAACGGGCAGCAGCAGGGCCCCACAGCCUUCAGCCACGUGGACGGCGUCUUCAUGCCAGCCCUCAGCCUCAACCGCAAUGUGCAGGUCACCCUGCACACAGGAUUGGAAGUGCCGACUAACCUGGGGCGGCCAAAGCUGUCAGGCAAUUAG